AUGGCUAUCGAGAUGCCGCAUUCCGAGGAAAAGCUCCCGCUACACAAACCCUCCGAACCUACAGCUCUGCCCAAGCAGCAUGGCCCUCGAAGACAUUACUUCGUGCGACGAGUCAUCCCAGCCAUCCUGACGAUACUGGUGAUUUUCUCCCUGUUCCGCACUACGUUCGUCUGCGACCACCACUAUGACCCGACCCUAUCCCGAGUACCCUCAAGUGUCGUCACAGAGGAUGAGCCCUCGAGAAACAAAGUUCCGCUGGAAGUACAUGUCAUGUCCAAAUGUCCAGACGCCCGGGACUGUCUGCGCGAGCUGAUUGUGCCGACAAUGAUUCGAGUGAAUGAAAAGGUCAAUUUCACAAUGUCAUUUAUUGGAAGCAUCGAUCCUGACUCUGACGCGGUUUCAUGUAUGCAUGGUCCGGGCGAAUGCCUGGGCAACAUCAUCCUCUUGUGUGCAGCCAAAGUCUAUCCCGAAGUCAAACUCUGGCUCGGAUUUGCCAACUGCAUGAUCUCCGAAUAUCCCGACAUCCCCAAGCGAGACCUCGUCCAGAGCUGUGCCAUGGAACAUGGUCUUGAUUUCCAGCAGCUUAAUUCAUGCAUCAGCGAUGAAGGAGAAGGAAUUGAUCUGCUUCGAGCCAGCAUCGAAAGGAGCCAGGAGAACAAUGUAACAAAGAGUUGCACAGUUAGGCUCGCAGAAAAGGUUCGAUGCAUCCGUGAUGGGGGAAAGUGGUAUGACUGUCCAGGAGGCAGCUCCGUCGACGCUCUCGUUCGUGAUAUCAACAACUUGUAUGACUAG